AUGGCGCCAUCAGAUGCUGAGAAGGCGGCUUUGGAGCCCUUGUUUGUGAAGAUUAACGCUGACGCUGAGAAGAUUGGAGGUGAAGCCAUGGAGAGUCUCUUCCAGCACCAUUCAGACACCAAGUCCCACUUCACUCACAUGGACGUGACCCCCGCCAGUCAGGAUCUGAAGACACAUGGAGGGAAGAUCAUCCACGCCAUUAAUGAUGCCCUCAACCACUAUGGAAAACUGCAGGAGAACUUGGCCACACUGCGGGAGAUGCACACCAACAAGCUGAAGCUCAGUGUGGACACCAUCAAGCUUCUGUGUGGUUGUCUCCUGGAGGUCAUCGUCAAGCAUUUCCCAGAUGUGGACAAGUCGGCCUGUGACAAGUUCCUCAAUGAGGUUGCGGUUGCCCUGAUCUCCAGCUGACCGGGAGGAUUCUUCUCAGAUCUAUGUCCAU